AUGUCCCUCGACAGUUUACGGGAAACCUUACGCCAGGAGAAGACAAAUGAAGCCGCAUUCACAUCCGCGACGUUGGAGCGCCAUCUCCGGGCACUCUGGAAGGUCACGGGCUGCUGCAAUGCCGCUCUGAACGGCCACCAGCCCGUAGCAGACGACUUCGUCUAUGGCGAACCUGACGAAGAGGAACGUCGUUUUCUCGACCAAAACGACAUCUCACAAGGUCGACGCUUCAACGAUGCAACGCUGCCCUUCCCAGUGGCCGAUACUGACCAUCAGCCACCACUCCCUGCUACCCUACCCUUUCAGAAUCCAACCAAGACCUUCACCAAGCCGUCGCCAUCCCCCGUCGUCGGCACCCCAAGCCUCGAAGAGCAACUUCGUGCCGCCUCAGCUUCGCCGUCCGUUGCGACGCAAACCUUACCUUCAGUCGAAUCGUCAUUACAAAGCGACGUUAUCCACGUUGUCCCCCGCGUAAAGGCUGCCUCACAUGCUGCAUCGCCCACUACAGAAGAUGAGGUAGCAAACAAUGCCCAACCCGACGCGACCCUUGCUGUCCAGGCUCCAGGCAAUCAAGAACAUUCCCCUCGCGACAAAACUACGGUCGACCCAAGUGCUGUUGCAUCCCCGACGGCCGACGACACGAAUGCUGCUACCCUCCCCGACGGAUCUUCGUCGAGUGCCACCACGGACGCCAAACCGAAGCCACCACAAGUCGUUCAUCUACCACCAAAAGAAAUUCAAGAGGCCAGACUGCAGGAGACGGAGCGAAAAUUGGACAAAGCUGCCGAGAAGGAGCGAAGAGAAGAGGAACGGCUUACCAUCCCACCCACGAAUGCGCCCGUCGACGUUUCUUCCCCGUCAUCGACCGUCGGGCCCUACUCCCAAGCAACACCGCACGCGCAACACCAUUCGCCUGAUACCAGUCCUGAUUCGGAGACUUACAGGGAGCGCAACAACGUCCCGUUGCCAAACGACGAUGUCCUCGACCCCGCCGCGCAGCAAGUUAAAGAUGACCACGAGCGUGCUCUGCACAAACGAAUGAAAGAAGCAAGAGAGAACGCCCGAGCAAGAGAAGAUGACUCCCCUACACCAGACAUCGAGCAACAGAUCGAAGACGAACAGGCGAUACGGUUGGCGCGCGAUGGGAAGAGUCGUCUGAGCGAGUCCCAGCCCUCCGGGGACGUACAUUCGUUGACGGAGGGUGUGGACGGCGGUUACCGUGCGGCAAAAACAGAAGAAGAAGACUCGAUCGGAACAAAGACUGUUCAUGAUGUUGCCAUUGACUCUUUACCAACUCCAACGACCGUUGCCGCGGAGCCUUCGACUGUGGACCGCGACAAUGCCGACCAAGCCAUCGACCACCAACAGGCCUCUCCUACCGCCGACCAUCCCACACCUCCCGCUGACAUCGAUAUUGAAAUGCGCGACGUACCAUCCCUGGAUGCACAAACAACGACCUCGCCCCAACAUCCAACAUCCCGUCCCGGGCGUAUGACUACCCGCGUCGCCUCUGGAGCAAUACGACAGAAAUCUGUCUCUGAAAUUAUAGCUGAGAAGGCAGGACCGAAAGCCAUACCAACCCCCCGCUCAAGUAAUCAUUCGGCAUCUACAAGUCCUCCAAGACCAAGAACAGCUCGCAAUAAGUCACAAGAAGUCUCGACCGUCGUAUUCGCCAAGAAGACACCGACACGGGCAUCGAAAGCCCUGCAAUCGUACAACGAAGAUUAUGCGUCGCUCCAAGGUGCUUCGGAAGAUUCGAGCCGAGAUUAUCUAGAGGGUCUUUUCAAGUACCAGGCUCACCACCCGCCUAGGUCUGUACCUCUGCAGGAACUUGUAGCAUCUGCAAGGAAGACGGUGUCGACGGCUGGUACGCUUGCGAUGAUUCGUGAACAUCAAGACUACAAGAUUUUGAAGAGAGUGUACCAGUUGCAGAAUGCCAACCGAUGGUCCUUGAGGCAACUCCAGAAAGCCGUCGAACCUGAGCGUCCAUUUACCCACCAGGAUCAAGUGCUUCUCGACAUGAAGUGGAUGCACACAGACUUCAAGGAAGAGAGGAAAUGGAAGAAAGCACUUGCCGCUACUUUUGCGGAAUGGUGUGCCGAGUACGUGGCCAGUACACCUGAAGAACGAUCAACGCUACGGGUCAAUGCAUGCAUUCCAAAGUCGGCUAGGCGUGCGAGCAACGACGAGGAGAUGAAUGAUGCUCCUACGCCAGAGCUUGUCCACUCGAGUACGCACGAGACGGAGAGUGAGUCAUACGGUGAUGAGGACGAUGUACUUACUCCCGUCAACGCCAGCCCCCCUACAGGUCUAUUCUCACUAGGCUUCAACGACGUGGUCAUGAAGAUCGACCGCACACCUGCCAGUGAUACUAUGUUCCGGGAACUGCCUCUUUACGACCCGAUGUUCGAGGGCUCCAGCGACACCAACCCGUUCUCUCUCUCAGAGCCACCCAUCCUUCCCGUUUCCAAGUUCGUCACUGGAAAGCUGGUCUCGCAAAUACGAGGGCCACCCAAGAAGCGUAGCAGGUAUGACUAUGACUCUGAAGACGAGCCGUCUUCGCCGCCUAGUCGAUCUGGUACGUCAGCCGAACAUUCAAUGCCAUCCACACCAGGUCGACGCCUAUUCUGUCGCAACGACUUACCGCCGGAAAUGACCAAUGUCGCCUUGUUCAACGCGGAGAACAAGCAUGUUCGCGACCGACUUCAGGCUGCCCAUCAAUUCAGACCACCUACAGAGUUCAACAUGCCCACUAUUGCCUUCUUCGAAAACCGCACGCCCUCUCAGUGGCUGUGGGAAGAAGACCAAAAGCUACGGGCGUUGGUGAAAGAGUAUACAUUCAACUGGUCCCUGGUCUCUCAGCAGCUUUCGUUACCUUCGAUGUUCGUGUCCGGAUCCGGUCGACGAACGCCAUGGGAAUGCUUUGAACGCUGGGUGCAGCUUGAAGGUCUUCCGGCGGAGAUGUCCAAGACACAGUACUUCCGCACCUACCAAAGCCGACUGGAGCAAGCCAACAAGACCGUUUUCGCUCAGUUCCAGGCUCAACAGCAGCAGCAACAGCAACAAGGCCAGACCCCAGGUCAACCGCGCAGAAGACCCACGACUACGCCAAUACGAGUAGAAAGAAGGCGAGAAAACAGACAUCUCGCUAUCAUCGAUGGCAUGCGUAAGCUGGCCAGAAAGCGCGAGUCUGCUGCCCACAAGCAAGCGGAGUCUCAGAAAGCCGCUGCGCUUCGAAAAGCACAUGAGCCUGCGCCACCCAAACAGACAACCCUAACGCCACAAGAGUUUAGUCGUAUGAAGUGGGAACGCGAAGAGAAAAUGAAGCAAAGGCACAUUGCGCAGGAGAUGAUGGCUAGGGUAAGAAUCAUGUCCCUACACGAUGAGUACACCACUGACGGAGAACAGCAACAAAUGAUGGCGCGGCAGCAGGCCCAAAUACAGGUGCAACCAGGAAUGGCGAAUGGUGUGAACCAGAUGCAACGUAACGGGACACCCGGGGGCACAAACAAUGUUCCUCCGCAAAUGGCUAAUGCGUCUCUGCAACAGGGGCAGAAUGGCCCGGCAAUGGCGGCCCGCGCACACCAAUCUCAACAGGGAAUGCAAGCUAAUUUUGCUAACGGCAACAUGUCUGGCAUGUCGAUGGGCACACCGGGCGUUCCCCAAGCACAAAUGCAAGGCAACAUGCAGAACACCCAGCGUAUGGGACCGCCGGACCAGAUGCGCAUGGCCAUGCAAAGAGGCCAAUUUAACGCUACGCAACAACACCAGUUCCAACUCCAACAGCAACAGAUCAACAUGGCUAGCAAUCUCACCCAAGGGAUGGGAAUGAACGGUAUUCCUAAUGCGAACAUGAUGACACCCGUUUCCAAUCAGAACGGUGGAAUGAACGGGAACAUGAACAACUCCAUGAAUGGGAUGGCAAACACCGCUGGAUCCCCACGAAUGAGCCAGGGCAAUGGUAACAUGCAAACACCGUCCCGCCCCCUAUCGAGUGGGCACAUGCCUCAGCUCCUAGCUUUCCAGAACCAGAUCAAGGGACAACAUCCGGAAUGGACACCAGAACAAGUUUCGAAACAGGCCUCCGACCACCUCAACCGUUACCUGGCUAAGCAACGUACGCAGGCAUCAUUGAGUCAGCAGGCAAUGAGCGCAGCAGCUGGAUCGCCUGGCAUAUCUCCUUCUCCGCAAAUGGCGAAUAAUCAGUAUUUCCAGCAGAACGGUAGCAUGGCCAACGCUCCUCAAACAAACGCGGUACAGAAUUAUCAGGCCCAAUUGGUCCAACAACAACGGCUGAUGGCAAGACAGCAGGCUGGCAGUCCUGGAUUGAACGCCCGACCACCUAGUCGGAGCGCCACGCCUCAGAAUCCACAGAUGCAACAAAGUCCCGGUAUGCAGCAAGCACAGAUUAACCGGUCUUAA